GUAGCGUACUAGCAUGGCGUUCGGUGCGGUCGGAGUUCCGUUGUCUCGCCUGUGUUCUUUUCAUGUUAGGUUCUACCGAAGUAUCUGACAGAGGUGUGUUCGUACUAUACGUUGGACGCAUUUAAAGAAAAACAGUCGUGUUGGUCUGUUGAAUACUCCAGAUAAGUGGCUAGUGGAUCCCAGGUAGCUUGCUAACUAGUAACGCUAGCAAGGAGGCAAAAAAAAUUGGGAGAUACGGGGCAACAAGAGGAGGAGUCCUGUUUUGGAAGAGCUGAUGCAGAUGCCAUGGCAAUAGCCGAGGUAUGGGAGUGACGUGACAGUGCUGGUCCUGCUUCCAAACAAAACCCUUAUCGGCGUCAUGUUUUUCUGCUGAAGUCAAAGCAGAACACACAGAGAAUGGACGAGUCAGUAUUGUUGGAUUUGCUCGAGUGCCCUGUUUGUCUGGAGCGUCUGGAUGCCUCGGCAAAGGUUCUUCCCUGUCAGCACACCUUCUGCCGCCGAUGCCUCCAAGGCAUCCUAGGCUCACGUGGAGAGCUGCGCUGCCCAGAGUGCCGGACGCUGGUGGAGUGUGCCGUGGAUGAACUCCCCAGCAACAUCCUCCUCGUGCGCCUUUUGGAUGGCAUCAAGCAGAGGCCUCGAAGGGCCGGCCCUGGGGCUGGAGUCUGCACAAAUGGUACGUCUGGAGCUGUGGCCAGAGCGCACGGCAGGGACCAGGGCUCCAGGGACCAGGGCACCCCAGGAGCACAACCCCAGCGAGCUCAGGCUAAGAGCACCCUUGUCCGGGGUGUACCCCAGCUCCCUUGUGCCAAGGCGCUCUACAACUACGAUGGCAAGGAACCAGGAGACCUCAAGUUCAGCAAGGGCGACAUUAUCAUCCUGCGCCGGCAAGUGGACGAGAACUGGUACCACGGCGAGAUGGGCGGAGUCCACGGCUUCUUCCCCACCAACUUUGUCCAGGUCAUCAAGCCGCUGCCACAGCCACCCCCUCAGUGCAAAGCUCUCUAUGACUUUGAGCUCAAAGACAAGGAGGCAGACAAGGACUGUCUGCCCUUCUCCAAGGAUGAUAUCCUGACUGUGAUCCGCAGAGUGGAUGAAAAUUGGGCGGAGGGAAUGCUGGGAGAUAAAAUUGGAAUUUUUCCCAUCUCAUACGUUGAGUUCAACUCCGCAGCUCGUCAGCUUAUAGAGUUGGACAAGCCAUCAGACUCCAGUGGAGACUCUGGUGAGGGGGCCUCUUCGGGGCCCCAGAGCAAUGGUGCCCAGCGGGCAGGAGAGAAGAAGAACAGCAAGAAGCGACAUUCCUUCACCUCUCUCACCAUGUCCCACAAACCCAUGCUAGCCCCUCCCCCUCAGCGCCACUCCAUGGAGAUUAGCGGGCCGGUCCUUAUCAGCUCCAGCAACCCCACAGCCGCUGCCCGAAUUGGAGAGAUCAGUGGGGGGCUUUCCUGCAGCGCACCUUCGCAGGUCCACAUUUGCACAACUGGACUAAUCGUGACCCCACCCCCUAGUAGCCCGGUUACUACAGCUACUGUCUUCACAUUUCCCUCAGAGACAAGCUACACGUCCAUCCCUGUGGAUGCUCUCCCACCACCCCCACCUCCUCCCCCACAAUCCUCUGCCGGCGGAGCUGCAUAUUCAUUGGCUGGCGGACAGAGACCCUCCCCCAGCAUUAGUGACCAAAGUGGUAGACAAAGACCCACAGUCUAUGUGGCAAUGUUCCCAUAUACUCCUCGGAAGGAGGACGAGCUGGAGCUGAGGAAGGGAGAGAUGUUCCUGGUGCUGGAACGCUGUCAGGACGGCUGGUUCAAGGGCACCUCCAUGCACACUGGCAAGAUUGGAGUCUUCCCUGGGAACUACAUGAGUCCAGUCAGCAGGACAGCGUCAGGGAGCACUCAGCCCAAAGUGCCCAUGAGUCUGUGCACUCAGGCGGGCAGAGGGGUCACCAUCGUCAGCCCCUCUUCUGCUCCCCUUGGGGCCAUUGUUCCAGGGCCCGACUACAACAAAGCGCUCACCGUGUGUUCCAGCGCUGUACCUGCCGGCUCCCAACCUGCAGCUGUAGUAACGGCAGCUCAGACAGCCACGGGCCAACAGCCAAAAGUCCCGCUGCAUGUCAGCUCCCAGAUGACGGUGAAUCAGGCUCGCAACGCGGUCAGGACAGCUGCAUGUCACAGUCAGGACCGGCCCACAGCAGCGGUGACACCCAUCCAGUCUGCAACACCCGUAGCCUAUCUUCCACACCUUGCAGUGUGCCCGCAGCCCUCCUCUAGCCCUGCCCAGGGUUGUACCCGGGCUGGGGUGGCAAUGGGCUGCGCUGCUGCCUCUUUGACCCCACCCAAUGUCAGUGCUGCAUCCUUGGAGGGUGACGCUUUGAGACCUGUACCUGUCCUCACUGUGCCUGUCGGCCCUGGGAACAGCUCCGCUCUCAAUCCCGUGUCUAACAACACAGCUCUCGCCUGCAGACUAGACAAGGAUGUCAAGAGAGAAAAGAAGAGUCUUCUGAAGCUGUUGUCCUCCAAUAAGAAGAAGUCUCGUCCUUCACCCCCCUCCUCUCCUACCCUUGAUGCGGAACAGACUGCAGCUGGAGAGGUGCUACAUGGCGCCGCGGGGCACGACACCUCCCCUCCUUCCGGCUCUGUCAGCUGCCUCGAGCCUGAACCUGCUGCUGCCGUUGCAUCUGCAGCUUCAUCCUCCUCGUCCUCCUCAGUCCCAGAGUCCUCCCAUCGGAAGAGCAGUCCCCUUGAUGGGUGCGCUCCUAUCGCUCCUCCUCCUCGCCAGCCGUGCUCCUCUCUUUUAUCUCAGCAGCAUGAUGCACGGCCCAUCAUAUGUGAGAGGUACAGGGUGGUGGUAUCAUAUCCACCGCAGAGCGAGGCCGAGCUGGAACUUAAGGAGGGCGACAUUGUGUUUGUUCACAGGAAGAGGGAAGACGGCUGGUUCAAAGGCACACUGCAGAGGAACGGCAGGACCGGACUGUUCCCUGGCAGCUUUGUAGACAGCAUCUAAUAAGCACACUACACUGAACCACGGUCUCCGACAACGUGACCCAGCUGACCGCUGCUUGCCUCGCUACAGUCUGUCACUGUUCAAACCAAACGAGGACAGUGCCGACAUCGUGGCUGGGAUAGGACCAUCAGACUGACACUUUAACUGACCAGAGCCCGCUGUGGCUCCGGUCUCUGAGCUGAACACUAGUGGCACGUGGGAGAGAGCUACAGAGAAGAACAGGAUGUGUUGUCAUUAAAAGCACAGUGGACAGAUUUAGAGGAGAGCACACUACUCAUGAACUUUUCCUUUUUUUGUUGGUUAUUUAUAUCUUUGUUAACAAUUCAGCUGUUAAAUGUGUGCCUUGUACUGUUCCUCACUUUAUUGUACAUACGGACACAAAGAUGAUUAGUCCUAAAACAACCAAUAUGAACUGUUGAUAUAGAUAUGUUACACAUUUUAACUUAUUUCAUAGACUGGCCUUUUUGUAGUGCAAAAUAUUAAGGGGUUAAGCUGGCAAAUGCCUUACGCCAUAUUCUAUCACGUCAGUUAUACUUUUCUCCAUUUACACUACUGAUAAAAGUUUUACCAUUAUUUCAAACUGUCAGCAGAAUGGAGAAGGCGUGUCAGACACAGCAGCGCAGGACAAACAAGCAGCGCCGUCUGUGCUUGUGCUGCUCGGUUGGAAAAAAAAAAGGAAACUUCCCCAGCUCCAAAGGCAUUACCUCAACCAGAGGAUCGUAAGACAGAUCUGCCGUAUUGCACAUUCAAGUACACAAGCUACAACUCACACUCAUGUGAACAUUGCACAUCAGAAAACAUUUUUCUGGGGCCAAAUCACAGGGCCCCUCGGUCUUUCUCCUGGUGUCGCUGAGGCUGAAGAGCCAAGGGCCGUUACCUGCGGUGGUCAAAUAUUUGCAUGUGAUUAGCAAAGCCCUCAGCGGCAGACAAAGUGAAGGUAGAUGUGUUGCAGGACUGUUUGGUCAAUGCCUUUUUAAUAUGUGGGGGGGAAAAAAACAUGCACUCCAAAUAGACUGCAGUCAAAAUAUUGCUUACUUUGUACCUUCUGUGUAUUUACUGACCAGAGUAGCUGCUCUCCUAACCUCCCUCGGCCGUGGCCAAACCCAGACAUAGCUCUGCAUCACAAGAGCGACGUAACAUUUCAGUAACUGUGCACAACAGAUUCUUUUCAGUGUGUAUUUAUGUUCGUUACAGAUUCCACAGAGGCUGACACCUGCUGCUCCUGGAGAGUCUCUCCUGUAACUGACCUGGACACGGGAGCAGUAAGGCACACAGACACCCUUCGACGGGCUCUCAGCUUUGUACACUAUAACUCAUUCCUAAUGUGACUUGUGGCAAUAAAAACCCAGCUAGCUAAAGCACAGAAUGUUUGCCUGAAGCAACAUAUCAUUGUAUCACUCCACAGGAAGAGUUGUGUAGUGUUGUUCUGUUGAAUCUCGAAAGUUACAGUUUUAAUUGAAAUCAAUCGCUUUUACCCCCUUGAUUUUUUUUUUAAAGGAUAUUUUGUGAUUGGGUUUGUACAUUUUGUCUCUGCAGAGUCUUUAAUGCUAAGUGUUGUAUUGACUUGAAUUACUGUAAGAGUUGUUUGUGAUCGGAGGGGAUUUGGUUGUAGUGUUUGGUGCUUGUAAAACAAAAAGAAGGGUUAGUUUUAGAAUGAGAAACGGAGAACGAAUGAAAAGUUGGAUUCAGCAAAGAGUAUGUCACAACAUAAUUCCUCUUUUCCUUUUAUUCAGUAUCAUUAAUGACUGACCUCCGACUGACCUGGAGUGCUGUGAAGUCUGAGGGGAGAUUUAAACACUUUGGAGUUGAGGCAAUCACUGAGUCGUGCCAAAUUUGGCUUUGAGAUUGAAUUUACUGACUGAAUUGUUCCCAGAGUUUCAAGUGUAUUCUUUUGUUUGUUUGUUUUGUUGUUUUUUGAGGGGGACCACUGUGUAACUGACUGCUGGAAUAUGUUGUAGUUUGUUUGAAAUUUGGAGAGAGUUUGGAAAAGGAUGGUACAAAUCACUGUUAGGGCCUUUUUCUUUUUGUGUUUCCUGAUUGGUACUUACAUAGAAUAAACCUGAUGUUGUAUUGUU